AUGUUGGACGCCAUCAUCCCUUCCCUGCAGAACCUGGGCAGGCAGGUGUUGCCUACACUGCCCCUGCUGAGUCAGGAGGGUAAGCGGCAUGAGGUGGGGGCUCAGGGGCUGAACCUUCACCUGCUUGGAGAUGUCUCUACUAUUUGGGGUCAUGUGUCAGAUUAUGUGAAAUGGCAGCUAUCCUUACACAAGGGCGUUCAUAUUCCAGGACUUGGAACUUUCACUUUUAUGAGACAAAAACUUGAUGUGGGAAACAACAAGUUUAUUCUGAUUCAGAGGCCCAUGUUUAUCAUAGCAGAGAAGUUAGUGCAGAUCCAUGGACUCAAACAAAACAAAGUAUAUACUCCUGGUGAUAUCCCAAUUGUUCCACUUAAUUUUGUCAUGAUAUCCCUGGAGGGUCCAUUUAACAGGAAUACAGUGGAAGGAUGUGUGAAGGAGACGUUGCUUUUUUUAUCACAAUCCAUUUCCAUCAAACAAAAUGUGGAGUUUACAUUCAAAGGAAUUGGAGUCCUCAUGAUCAGAGAUGGCAAUGUGAAGAUGAGAUUUUAUAAGGACUACCUUUGUACAGUGGAUAGAAGUGGGGCUUUGGCAAAAGCCCUAACAAAUAGGCCUGGCACUGUGGACUCGGUGUUGUCUAGCAGAGACACCUUCAGGAAACAGCCCAACAGCGUACUUGCAUUUCCAAGAAUUAGGCUCAAAGAGAUGGAAAACAAGUCACCAAUGGAGACCGUUGUAGAAGAGUGUGGAAAGAACGGACAAAGGAAAUGCAAGUUAAAAGACCAGACAGAUAAAGAAGAAGGUGUCAGAGAGAUCUUAUCACCCGAGAGACUUCCAGAUAGCCAAGCUAUUUCCUCUGCCAAAGCGACAGGUGUCAACUUGCCGAACAAGUUUGAGCAUAGUGGGAGUGGUGGGAAGAAUGUGAACCCUGAAAGCUUAUCAUGUCCAGGAUGUCUGAAAAAUGACAAUGAAAUGAAGCCUAAAAUUCCUCCAGCCACUGCUUGCCAGGAUCAUAAUAAGGCAGGACAGGAGAUGUGUUACAUAUGUUUGCAACGAGCACAGCGAAAUUUCCCACUGUACUACAGUGAGGAGAGGAAGAGGAGAGAGAUGGAAGAUGAGCGACUCAUACAGCAGUAUCAGAUGCUGAAAGAUCAAGAGGCUCUCUUCAAAUGCCAGAUGAGAAAUCUGGCUAUUAGAGAACAGAAUCAAAAAAAUGCUGCCUAUAAUCUUGGAGUUGCUGAAGCUAUGCGAAGCCACAAGAAUGAGAAACCUGAAUUUUAUAAAUCCUUCCUAUUUGAUAAACGGCCACUCAGUCCUGAGAUUAAUGCUUUAAGGCAAGAAGAAUAUUUCCAAAGUCUCCUGAAACAAAUGGAUAAUAGACGGGAAAAAGAAAAAAAACAAAGACAAAAUACAGAGUUGAUGGACCACCUAGAACAAGUGCAACUCACAAAGGAACUUGCCUCACAAAGAGCCAAAUAUAUAAAAGAUAAGAUGGAAGAAACACAGUGUUAUAGGAGAGCUUUGGAUGCACAGAUAAAGAACAAACCCCCACAACUGCCCAUGUUUGAGGCAGACUCUUUUGAGCCCAUCUUUGGUAAGAAUGGGGGUGAGAAUGUGGAGGAAAAGCGAAAGCGGGAAGAGAGUUACAUGAAGCACCAGCUGGAGACAGCUGCUAGCCACAAGAGGAAAGCUAUCCUGCGCCAACUGUUGGACCAAGAGUGGGAUUUGCAGAUGCUUCAGAGGACACAAGAAGAGCGCUUGGCAGACAGAAAUGCUGAGCUGGAGCGCGUGAACAGAAUGAACCAAAGCUUACAGGAGGAUUGGGAAAAGAGCGCAGCAAUGAAGAGGCAGCGAGACCUGGAGGAGAAGGCUUUCGAGCGGGCCUCAGACAAGCUCUUCCUCCUGGACCAGUGUGAGAAGUAUCGGCGCUGCAAGCAGUGCCAGAGGAGAACCUCCAACGAGGGAGGGAGCAACCUGUGGCCUCUGAACAAGUACCUGCGUGGCUCCCGGUUCUUUGUGUAAAACCCAAAGUUUGGACCUGCAUUUCCUGGGGAAAAUUUUUACUUUUUUGAUGUUUGGGGAUGAUGGUGAAGCUAAAUGUUUGUACUUUAGAGGAAAAAGUUUAUUGUGCAGUUUUGGUGCUUUCAGGAGAUUGCUUUUUAAUUGCUUAAUAAAUUCACAUAGACAGGUUCUCCCUCGUCUUCCUCCCACCCACAGAAUCCUGCUUCCAUCAGGGCUGGGGAUGGGACCCACC